UGAGCUGUUCAGGAGACCUUCAGCAGCAGCCUUGAAGUCGACACUGAACUCUCCAUUGCAGGCAGUCUUUAGGAAAUGACUUCACUGAAGUGUCUGUAUUUAUUUAUUUUUCAUACAAAAUAAGAGUUCAGACUUUGUACUGCAGUGGUGGGAUCUGGAUAUAGCAUGGGUCAGAAUCAGCAAAUACAGACACAGGAUGACACAGAACUGGAGACAAACACCAUCCACGACCUGUACAAGUCUUUCAUCAUGGAGUGCCCGAGUGGAUCUUUGUACCUGCACGAGUUCAAGAGGAUGUUUGGAGUACAAAACGGCACGCCUGAGUCACAGUACAUGGACAGCAUCUUCCGAGCAUUUGACAUGAAUCAUGACAACACAAUGGAUUUUAUAGAGUAUGUGGCAGCACUUAAUCUUGUCCUGCGUGGAAAACUUGAGGACAAGCUGCGGUGGUCGUUCAAGGUGUUUGACAAUGAUGACAACGGCCGACUAGACAAAGAUGAACUACGAAAGAUUGUCAAGAUAAUCUACAAGAUAAAGAAAGGCUCUGCGUCUGAGGAUUCAGGAAUAGGAAACCUCACUUCUGAGGAGGUGUGUGAGCGCAUCUUUCAAGAGGUCGACGUGAAUAGUGAUGGUGAGAUUACACUGGAUGAGUUUGUCGAAGGGGCUCAGAAGAGCCCAUGGCUGCAAAGCUUUCUGCAACUUGAUAUCAAUCCCAGAGGAUGGGUCCAGAAGUACUUGUGUGACAGGAAACUCACAGACACCAAAGAUUCCUGAAGGACUUCAGUGUAUUCAGACCAGCUUGCCAAAGGAGCUUGGACUGCCUGAAGUGGACUCUGAUUGUGAACAUAUGGGGGAAAUAUAAAUACUUCUGUGAAGGAAUAUUUGUCUCAUGCAAAUGUUUUAUUUGUGCUCAUUCAAAAGCACAUGCCCCGUGCACAGCGCUGUCAGUCCUUAUGACUUGGUGCAGGUCGUGGCGCUGCACAUCAGAGGGCUGAAUUGCUUCUUCUUUUAAUUUAGUCUUCACUUGAAAUGUUACAAACGACACGCUUCGUGUUUUAUUUGUGCAUUGACAUGUUGUUGACCUGCAUGUUAUAUGUUGAGACGCUCCUGCCUGUCUGGAAGAAAGGAUGUCACAAUGUUGUCGAUGCUCCCGAGUAGCACAAACACUUUGUCUGACUCUUGUCCAGGAAUGUGGUGAUACGAGGAUCUGAAUGACGUGGGACGGACUUGUAUAAGGCUGAAAUGAUUGUUCGGUACUUGAACUGUUUCAUGUAUGUCUGCCCAUGCACAUGUGCUGUGCCAAAGGCUUCUUGGAUAUGAGAUUUCUGUGUAAAUAAACUUACAUAUUCAUG